AUGACGACUCCACCAGACUUCGAUUUCGACCGAGAUUCAGUACGGAUUCAUACCCCGUCGAGGAGAGAAUAUACGCGUCUUGAUGAGAACCUCUUCCACCAUAGCGGCGAGGCCAGCGGAACAACGGGCAAGCAUCGGGCCGAUCGGUCAUUCGACGAGUUGACCCAUACAAGCGACCAUAAUUCUUCUAGUCGCUACUAUAGCUAUUCCAAUUACGGCGUCUUCAGCUCCGAGAAGAGCACACCGAAAGUCAAACAAACGGCUGAGAGCGAAUUCAACGAAGAAACACCCUUAAUACUACCAUCGGAACCGAGCAUCACCCCACCAAAUGACCAAGACCCAGGAAGCCCGGUCUCGUUCCAGGACGAAACAAAGAACAUUCUUCAAAAUGCGGGCCCAUUGAUGGGAGCAGCUCUAUUAGAAUCGUCUCUGUUGACGGUCGGUUUAAUAAACGUGGGACAAUUGGGUUCGAAAGAGCUCGGAGCCGCGAGUAUCGCUAGUAUCCUCGCCAAUUUUACUGGAUAUAUGAUCUACCGUGGCCUCGCAACUGCGUUGGAGAACCUAUGUGCUCAGGAGAUGAAAGCUGGGAUGCAUCACUUGGUCCCGUUGCAUUUCCAAAGAAUGCUGUGUCUUCUUCUGGUGAUUACGGUUCCGAUCAUGGUUCUUUGGAGUUUCGCGGAACGGCUACUUCCACUGGUUCUCUCCAACCAAGAGACAGCCAUUCUAGCCGGUCGGUACCUUGGAAUCGCUGCGUGGGGUCUACCUGCACAUGCCAUUUUUGAGUCUGGUAGACGCUACAUCGAAGCUCAGGGCGUGGAAUCGGCCACCACGCAUGUCCUGAGUGUGUGUGCACCCAUCACCGCAUUCGUGAACUGGUUGCUAGUCUGGAACCGCAAAUGGGGCUUCAUCGGCGCACCGGUUGCGUUGACAAUCAACAACUACUUACAACCAUGCUCGCUCUUCCUAUACAUCGUCCUCGGAUCCCACGAUAAAUACUGGAAUGGCUUUUCACGCAGGGCUUUCUCGAACUGGGGCCCCAUGAUCCGGCUAGCCAUCUCCAAUAUGAUCGCUGCAGAAGCCGAGUCUCUCGUGCACGGAAUGACCACGCUCGCAAGCUCAUAUUUCGGUCCAGUUGCCCUGGCUGCACAAGCAGUACUGGUUGCAGUGACCAAUACAGUCCUGCAAGUACCCUUCUCCCUGUCAAAGUCUACUCAAGACCGCAUUAGCGAUCUCAUGCGUGCAGGUCGUGCUGAUUCGGCAUGGGCGGUUGGCAAGCUUGCAUUCCUUGUUGCAUUCAGUGUUGGCGCGAUCUAUAUGCUGGCACUGUCACUUCUCCGAUAUCCGGUCGCACAGGUCUUUGCAACUGAUCGUGCGGUCAUCGCAUUUGCUGCUGAAGUGAUGCCUCUGUGCGCAGCCACUCAUUUUGUGGGUUGCUUGACUUUGAUCUCCAAUGGCAUUCUGUGUGGUAUUGGCAAGAAGACUACUGCUGGAUUUAUUCAGACGGUUGUAUUUGCCAACAUUGCACUUCCACUCGGGCUUGGUUCGGCAUUCGGUCUGGGGUGGACGGUUUGGGGACUCUGGGGUGGUGCACUGAUUGGUUUCUGCAUCAUACUGAUCGUGCAAUGGCUGAUUUUGAGUCGGGUGAACUUGAAAAAGUGCAUCGAGGAGGUUUCCAAGAACUUGAUUGAUUGA